AUGACCUGGAUGGACGUUCGCACUCGCGCAAGUGUAGUUGCCAAGCUCGCAUCCCAGGAUAAAUUGCAUCCACCAAGCAACGAGACGAUACUUCACUGCGGAGAGAGCCCAUUCACCCAUGGAAAUGGUUGCACGCUCGAUAUAGUAUUGUCUGGCUGGAUUCCUGACCCGUGCUUCGACGCGGAGUUGUAUGCAGAUUACACUGGCCCAGGCAGCCCUGACAUCUUCUACUAUACAACGCAGGCAGCUACCGAAAGAAUUGCCCAAGAUGUUGUUAUGAAGGGCCAUCUGACUGGAGUAUGGACGACUUGGGGAGAGCAUAUCACACAUUGCGAAUAUGUCCUGAAAGGUCUUGGGAGAGUUAUGGUUAACCAAAGCUUGGGCAUUAACGAGAAGUAUCUCGACUUCGAACAUACGCAGCAUUGUAUAGACGCCAUAGCUGGUCGACACAACAUGCAGAUGCCAUUGGACAGAGUUACCACACAUCUUGAGUUUGAAGAUAUCGCAUGUUUUGUCAGGGCACGGGGGUAA